UUUUAUUUCUUAUCCUUACGACGAUUUAUAUUAUUAGAUCCACUGCCGGGAUUUUCUUAUGGCGAUCAAAUUUUUGGAGCAUCAGAAUUGAAUGUCGCAGCUUCCUCUGCUAUUGAAGGGUUGCCUGAUGAACAACGUACCUCUCCUAUUCGCCGGACUUUUCUGCUUUUUAUUCUCUUUGAAUUUGUUAUUAUCGUUGCUUUCUGGCUAUUGUAUAUUCGGACUCUUGGAGAUUUUUCCAAAGCUAUGGCUGAUCAAGUUAUCCACAUGCAGUUCAACACAACUCUAUUUGAUGUUCAAAUCAUUUCUGUUUGUCGGUUCAGCUUUCUUGAAGUGGCCUAUGGUGCUUUUCGUACAAGUCGGCGUUGGCCUUCAGCGUCAUGGACCGCUAUCACAACAGUGUACAUGCUCGCCAAAUGCAUGGUCUUCGCGACUUCACAAAGGGGUGAUCCACUGGCUUAUACGGACUUAAUUCUGCCCAUUGUAAUGACUUGGAUUGGCACUCUCAUCCUGGAAUGUCGAGUUCUACCCCAGGAGAGGCGAGCCAAACGAAUUGUGAACACGUUUCAACGAUUUACUCCGGACUUCCUCUCCGCCGUGGACGCCCAGUCGGCAUAUUUAGGCUCCGUGCAACAGUGGGUGGGUCGGGCAGCAACUGCGCGUGGUAUUCCCAGCAUUUAUGGGUCUCCUGAGGGCUCUCUCAUGUCAUACCCUGAGUCCCCGACAACCAGUCCGAAGUAUACUCUCCUCAAUGCCAAUGAUGCGACGGUGGAUGUUGCGGCUCUGUUGACAAGAGCUGAGAACCUGCGUCAGACGACAUGGAAUAUCUACGAAGAUACGGUGUGGAAUGAAUCUGAAGCCUCAAUGCCCAUGUUAACUGGGCCUCACAUCACCUCAGCGAAUUUUACCGCUUUUGGUGAACAUACCGUUUUCCGAAUGGAUGCAGUACUACACGCUCGACCAAAGACCAUGUUUGAUGAUCUCGUAUAUGAGUUCGAGUUCUCGCCCAUUUGGAAUUCUUCAAUUUCCUCUGCCAGAAUUCUCCAAAAGUUUCCCCACGAAGAGCUCGACAUUGUCCAUACUACCCUGAAGGAAGCUCUUGGAGGUUUGAUCAAGCCCAGGGACUUUGUAAUGAUGCGAGCCUGGGGAGUCAACGAUGAAGUCUACUACGUUACAGCGUCCUCUGUGACGCAUCCGAAAUGUCCACCUGUGAAUGACUGCAUUCGGGCCGAUCAGCUGAUCAAUUCAUUCUUUCUACGGCCGAGUGGCAAUCUUUGCCAUUUGACAAUCAUCACCUGUUUCGACAUUAAAGGAUGGCUCUCAAGACAUGUGAUAUCGAGAGGUGCAAAGGCCUCGCUUAAUAACCUCUACAAAGAUCUCCAAAAUCGCGCAAUUUCUUUAGAUGCCGAUGUAGGAAGUAGCCAAGAUGCUUCUCGAUUACCGGUGCUUGAAGAGGCCUGCUAG